GUCGCGUUUUCAGUGCUCAACUGCUCGAUAGAAACUGAAAAAGUCUUUCAGCUCCCGCUCCACAUUCAGUAGAACAGACUCCCGAAUCCGAAUACGCCAAGUGUUUUAAGCGUGUCAGUGUGUGUUUCAUCUAGUGUAUGUGAGUGUGCGUGUGUGCGAGUGUGCGAGUGUGCGUGUGUGUCUCGUGUGUGACUAAGUUAAUAGUUGGUGCUCAGACAGAGAUAGGAAUAAAAGUACUUAAAUACUUAGAGUUGAUGAGUUCCCAGGUGUAAAUCAUCCCAAAGACCGAGUGUUAAAUUCUCACAUAUAUAUGUGUAUGCAUAAAUACAUAUAUCUUGAGACGGAUCUGAGCACUGCAGGGAGUUGAAGCUGUGCAACAAAGCGUAACGGUAAUUUGUUGUAUUUUUAACUCGCUGCGAUUCGGGUGCAAAAUCUGUAAUUGAAAUUCGUUCAACGGCCAACCAAACCAAAUCCCGACUGUCAUCUAAAAGUCAAAAACAAUAGUACAGAUUUACCAAACAUUAGCGGAAUUUUAAUCAAGCUGCGAAUCCGAAGCCAUCAGAAUGCAGCACGAGCAGGUGAAGCGUGCAGCAGUUGCAACAUUGGUCUAAUUGAGGUCAGGACCAGGACACGGUCAAAUGGCGUCAUUUGUAUGCACAACAGCAAUAUCAACAACAACAACUACAGUAACAACAACUGAGAGAACCACUGUUGAAAGAGCAACCAAUUCAACAAAGGAAAUGCAAAGCAGUGGUUAACAACCAACCAGGCAACCAGAAAAACCUGAAACCAAACCAACGCACAGCGCACAGCAGUUGAAUAAGGCACAAGCACAACAACAGCAAAACAAAGCACAAAUAGAAUAACAAACAGAAAAAGGCCUACAAGAUGAUGAGUGCCGGGGGCACCUACAUAUCGACGGCCAGCGUGGAGGUGCCACAGGCCCUGCAGGAUGGCGAGAAGUUCAUCAAAUGGGACGAUGAUUCCGGCAGCGGGACACCGGUGACAAUGCGUGUGGAUGCAAAAGGAUUCUAUCUCCAUUGGAUCGAUCAAAACAAUGAGCUCGACAUUUUGGAUAUAGCCACAAUACGCGAUGUUCGCACCGGACAAUAUGCUAAGAAGCCAAAGGACGCUAAGCUGCGCCAGAUUGUGACAAUGGGACCGCAGGAUACACUGGAGGAGAAGACCGUCACCAUUUGCUAUGGCUCUGAUUUUGUCAACAUGACAUUUGUCAACUUCUGCUGCACACGACGGGACAUUGCCCAGAUCUGGUCGGAUGGCCUCAUCAAACUGGCCUACAGUCUGUCCCAGCUAAAUGGCUCGGCGAAUAUGUUUCUGUUGAAGGCUCACACAAAACUCUGUCUGCAGGUGGACAAAAGCGGACGCAUACCAGUGAAAAACAUCAUUAAACUUUUUGCACAAAAUAAAGAGGAUCGGAAACGUGUGGAGAAGGCGCUGGACGUGACCGGCUUGCCAUCGGGCAAAGUCGAUAGCAUAUCGGUGUCGAAAUUUCAAUUUGAGGACUUUUACAAUUUGUACAAAUAUCUGACGCAGCGUUCCGAGGUGGAGCGCUUAUUCGAUAGCAUCGUGGGUAACUCGAAGCGCAAGUGCAUGUCCAUAGCGCAGCUGGUGGAAUUUCUGAACAAGACGCAACGCGAUCCGCGUCUUAAUGAGAUACUCUAUCCCUAUGCGAAUCCGGCGCGCGCCAAGGAGCUCAUCCAGCAAUACGAGCCCAACAAAUUCAACGCACAAAAGGGCCAACUCAGUUUGGAUGGCUUUUUAAGGUAUCUCAUGGGCGAUGAUAAUCCAAUAAUGGCGCCCAAUAAGCUUGAUCUCUGCGAUGAUAUGGAUCAUCCGAUGUCGCACUACUUCAUCAACUCAUCGCAUAACACCUACCUAACGGGCCAUCAGAUAACGGGCAAAUCCUCCGUGGAGAUAUACAGGCAAUGCCUGCUCGCUGGCUGCAGAUGCGUCGAACUGGACUUUUGGAAUGGACGCACCGAGGAGCCGGUCAUUGUCCAUGGCUACACAUUUGUGCCCGAAAUCUUUGCCAAGGACGUGCUCGAGGCAAUCGCGGAGUGCGCAUUUAAAACAUCCGAAUACCCUGUGAUAUUGAGUUUCGAGAAUCACUGCAAUCCCCGGCAACAGGCAAAGAUUGCCAACUAUUGCCGCGAAAUCUUUGGCGAUAUGCUGUUGGACAAACCGCUCGAUUCGCAUCCGCUGGAGCCAAAUGCGGACUUGCCGCCACCAUCGAUGCUGCGGCGCAAGAUCAUUAUCAAGAACAAGAAGAAGCAUCAUCAUCAUCAUCACCAUCAUCACAAGAAACCAUCGGCAUUGGGCACACCAGCUGCCGGCAAUAAACUCACAUCGGCAAACUCAGUGGAUGCGGCGGCGAAGGCUGCAGCAGCUGCCAAUGCGCAACAAGUGGCUGCCGCAGCGCAAGACGAAGCAGGAGCUGGGGCGGCAGCAGCAGGACGCACAAUGACAGGCGCCGCAAAUGGUGACAUUGUUAGCGGAGGACAUGCGCCGCCGUUGCAACAAAUACGUCAGAGCUCAAAGGAUAGCACCGGCUCCUCCGACUCGGACAGUUCGAGCGAAGAUGAAUCCCUGCCCAAUACAACACCCAGUCUGCCCAGUGGCAAUGAACCACAACCGGAUAAGGCGCAAAAGGAAACGGAGGCGGGUGCAGAGAUCUCAGCGUUAGUCAACUAUGUGCAACCCAUACACUUUAGCUCCUUUGAGUCAGCGGAGAAGAAGGGCCGCUGCUAUGAGAUGUCCUCGUUCGAUGAGAAGCAGGCGAUGACACUGCUCAAGGAUCGACCGAUUGAGUUCGUCAACUACAACAAGCAUCAGUUGUCGAGAGUUUAUCCGGCUGGCACUCGAUUCGAUAGCUCCAAUUUUAUGCCGCAGGUGUUCUGGAAUGCCGGCUGUCAGCUGGUGGCACUGAACUUUCAGACCCUCGAUCUGGCCAUGCAACUGAAUCUGGGCAUCUUUGAGUACAACGCCCGCUCCGGUUAUUUGUUGAAGCCGGAGUUCAUGCGACGCUCCGAUCGUCGCCUCGAUCCAUUUGCCGAGAGCACCGUGGAUGGCAUUAUUGCCGGCACCGUUUCGAUUACCGUAUUAUCCGGGCAAUUCCUCACCGAUAAGCGCGUGAACACCUUUGUCGAGGUGGACAUGUUUGGCCUGCCGGCGGAUACGGUGCGCAAGAAGUUUCGCACCAAGACUGUGCGUGACAAUGGCAUGAAUCCCGUCUACGACGAGGAGCCGUUCGUCUUCAAGAAGGUGGUGCUGCCGGAGCUGGCGAGCAUGCGGAUCGCUGCUUAUGAGGAGGGUGGCAAGCUGAUCGGGCAUCGGGUGCUGCCCGUGAUUGGUCUCUGUCCCGGCUAUCGUCAUGUGAAUCUCCGCUCCGAGGUGGGUCAGCCGAUUGCGCUCGCCUCGCUCUUCCUGUGCGUCGUCGUCAAGGACUAUGUGCCCGACGAUCUAUCCAAUUUCGCCGAGGCUCUCGCCAAUCCCAUCAAAUACCAGAGCGAGCAGGAGAAGCGCGGAAUGCAGCUGUCGGUGCUGACGGAUGGUACGGAUGCCGUCGCAAAUGCCGAUGACGAUCUGACCAAGUCAUUCGUUUUCGUUAAAGUAGGUCACCAAAAGAAGGAGCUAAUUCCGGUGCCGCAAACCACAUCGCCCAAGCCACGUCCAAGCAUCUCCGUACAGGCCACCAUCAGUGUGGAUCUGCCGUCAGAUCGCACGGACGGACAACGGAACGAUGAUAGCAGCAUUGCCAUUCUACAGCACGAAAGCUCGUUGGAUGCAUCGGGCAGCACAUCGCUCAGACAGGUGGAUACCUCACAGUUCGAUGUGAAUCGCGUGUUCGCCGAGCCGCUGGACAAGAUACUCGAACACAAGUCGGUGCGCGAGAAACGACUAGAGAUGGAAAAGAAACUGGAAUCGUUGCGCAAGAAGCACGACAAGGAGAAGCUCAAGAUCGCUGGCCAGAAGUCGAGUCCCCUCGACGGCGGCAAGAAGCCCAAAUUCACCAUCACCAACAAGCUGGUGAAGCGUCUGAGCAACCGCAGCCUUAAUUGUUUCUCUACGUACAGUGAGCCGGGUGUCGAAGUGCCCGCCUGCCCCAUCGAUCUGGGCGACAGCAGCGAGGAGAGCGCCGGUGCCGCAGAUGAGGCAGCAUCCAGCAGCAUGGAGGGAUCAGUCAGCUCCCGUUUGCGCCACGCCUGCCGGGAGUAUACCACACAGUAUCGGGACCUGCAGGAGAAGUACCAUGAGGCCAUCUACACAGCGGCCGAGAAGGUGCUGAAGAACUCGCAGGCGAGCCAAAUGAAACAGAUGAAGGCUUCGCUGGACAAGGAGGCCGGUGAGGUGAUGCAUCAGUUGCAGGAGGCGCGACGCAAUGAGGUCAAGAAGAUCGCAGCGGUGCACAAGGAUCGCGACGAGCUGGUCAGAAUGAAACGCGAGGUGCGCAGCUCUGUGGUGGAACGUGGCGUCGCGGAACGGACGCGCCUCAAGCAGACCUUCGAAAGCCGCACGAAUGAGCUGCAGAAGCAUCACGAUGCGGUGCGCUUCGAACUCGACUUACAUCGCUCCAGGGCCCGUCAAAUACUCGACAAGGACGCUGAAUCUCGCAGCUGUGUCUCCAACAAUGGCUUCCUGGUGCUCUUCCAUGCACCGCACCAUCACAGCUGUCCCGCAUCCCGACCGCUCUCUGGCAAUAAUCUCUCACUCAAUUUGGAUGGUGGUGCCUGCGGUGGUGCUGUCGGUGGCGGUGCAGGACUUGCCAUCUCGCCAGCCAAGUCGCACAAUAGCAUUACGGCGGAGAUGAAGACGUAAAGGAUAAAAAAUAAAUUAAUAUACAAAACUUGGAGUAGGAUCGGUAAAAAACAGGACGUGUUGUUGUCUUCAGUUUUUCAGUAUUUGCGACAGUUGUGUUAAGGAAACAAGAGCAAAAGAAACGAAAACAAAAACAAAA